AUGCUGGGAAAGAAAUCGAAGUGGCAUUCAACUGAGCUGACAGACACAACGACAAAGUCUCAGGCUAUCCUCACGCUGGCUGCUACUGCUGAACAUUCUGCACAGCUGAUGAGGAUCUGCAGCAAAACUGCAGCAACGGCGACUAUUGUCACAGCCACUAAAGAAGCAAAUCCAGCAGCAGCAGCAGCAGCAGCUGCAAUGGGACGACAGCUGCAGUGCAAUUCACUCUUGGUCGUUCCUGAGGCUCCAGACUUCGUGCGGGGCAACUUGAAAGAAAGCCCCACAAAGCAGCUCAGACUCCUCCCCGUGCACCGACAGUACAAGGGGGCCCCCCGAGAGCACUACGCCAAACUGCAUGCAUGCAAGCUCCCUCCAGAAAGACAAGAAUGA